UAAAAGGAUGGUGGUGUGUGUAACUGGUGCUUCUGGCUUUAUUGCUUCAUGGCUCGUCAAGCAUCUUCUUCUCCGUGGCUACUCUGUCAGAGGCACUGUACGUAAUCCAAAUGAUCCAAAAAAGAUAGACCACUUGCUGAAACUUGAUGGCGCCAAGGAGAGAUUGCAGCUGAUGAAAGCAGAUUUGAUGGAUGAAGGUUCCUUUGAUCCUGUUAUUGAGGGAUGUGUGGGUGUCUUUCAUACUGCUUCUCCCUUUAUUAUUAAUGAUAUCAAAGAUCCACAGGAUGAACUAAUCGAUCCAGCGGUCAAAGGGACUCUCAAUGUUCUCAAGUCUUGUGCUAAAUUUUCAUCAGUGAAACGUGUCGUUUUAACUUCCUCCAUUGCUACGGUUGCCUAUAAUAGAAAGCCUAGAACUCCUCAAGUUGUUGUUGAUGAGACAUGGUUAUCAGAUCUUGAUUUAAGCAGGGAAUCUAAGCUUUGGUACAGAGUUUCCAAGAUUUUGGCUGAAGAUGCUGCCCGGAAAUUUGUGAGGGAGAACAAAAUUGACAUGGUUACCAUCAAUCCAGCUACAACAAUUGGACCACUCUUGCAACCAACGCUUAACGCUAGUGCUGCUGUAAUUUUAAAUAUGAUAAAUGGUGCACAAACAUUUCCAAAUAAUAGUUUUGGAUGGGUCAACGUGAAAGAUGUUGCAAAUGCCCAUAUUCAAGCAUUUGAAACUUGUUCAGCUAAUGGAAGAUAUGUUUUGGUUGAAAGGGUAGCACACUUCUAUGAUAUUGUACAGAUUUUGAGUGAACUAUACCCCUUGUUGGAACUUCCUGAAAAGUGUGCAGACCAGAGGCCAUUGGAGCCUAAAUAUCAGGUUUCUAAGGAAAAGGCAAAAGCUUUGGGAAUUGAUUUUACUCCAUUGGAAGUGAGCCUCAUGGAGACUGUUGAAAGCUUAAAGGAUAAGAAAUUUGUCAACUUUUGAAUUUGUAAUCUUUCCUUGUA